AUGACCCCAGUGAACCUAAACAUGAAGCCAGCUAACAGUCAGCAUGAAGAGGACCACAGUUUGCCCCACCUCGUGCUCUUCGUGGUGGGCGCCUUCAUGGCCUUGGUGCUGAACCUGCUGCAGGUGCAGCGCAACGUGACGCUCUUCCCCGAGGAGGUCAUGGCCACGCUCUUCUCCUCGGCCUGGUGGGUGCCGCCGUGCUGCGGCACGGCCGCAGCUGUUGUUGGCCUGCUGUAUCCCUGCAUCGACAGCCACCUCGGAGAGCCGCACAAGUUCAAGCGGGAGUGGGCCAGCGUGAUGCGCUGCAUCGCCGUGUUCGUGGGCAUUAACCACGCAAGUGCUAAACUAGACUUUGCAAACAACGUCCAGCUGUCCUUGACUCUAGCAGCCUUGUCCCUGGGCCUUUGGUGGACAUUUGAUCGCUCAAGAAGUGGUCUUGGACUUGGAAUUACAAUAGCUUUUGUAGCAACUCUCAUAACCCAGUUUCUUGUAUAUAAUGGCGUUUAUCAGUAUACAUCCCCAGAUUUUCUUUACAUCCGUUCUUGGCUUCCAUGUAUAUUUUUCUCAGGAGGUGUGACAGUAGGAAACAUAGGACGCCAACUGGCUAUGGGUAUUCCAGAGAAACCACACAAUGACUAAAUCUGUGGAGAACAGGGCAUGAUGCCAGUGUGAAAACAACGUUAAGAAGAUGCGUUUCUGUUUUAAAUUGAAGAUUAUUUAGAAAAAAAUAAUCUCUUUAUGGGCUCACUGCACAAAUGACUUGUGAAAAAAAUAUUAAUCCACUCUUAGAAUAGCCAAGUGAAAUUAACUGCUUAUCUUGAAAUCUUACCCUGAUUUACUGCAUAAGCAUUUUGGUAUGGCUGUUCUCUGGAAGAAUUUAACACCAAGUUACGUACAGCUGUUCAGGCUAAGUGGCAGUUUUCCAAGUAUUAGACUCCAGUGUAAGUUAUUGAAGCAGCUGCCAUGUUCUAAAGCCUGGAAACUAAAAUUUAAUUACAAGCUCUUGUAUCAGUGCCCAAAGGAAGUAGAUUGAUGGUGCUUAACAAUGAUGAAGUAUGGUUUAAUAGGAAUAGUAUUUAUCCAAAUCUUUUAAAAAUAGGGUUAUUUAAAAAUAAGAGUGAUCAAAAUAGAUUAAAGGCAUUGCAUUAAUGCUUUAAAAAGUCUUAUGAAGGAAUCAUGCCCUUACUUGUAAUGCUGCAUUGAGUUUCUGUCUUCAGUGGGAGAGGGGGUUGGAGGGAGGAAUUUUUUUUUUAUUUAUAUUUUUCUUAAGUCACUGAGUUUGAAAUUUCUAAAUUACUUCAGUACAGUAGGUGAAUACCUGACAAUCUCACUCAAGUGAAUUUUAACUAUCAGGAAACUCUUGACUUGAAACGUCUUUGCUUCUGAAGCUUGCAGUAACCUUUGAGAGGAUAAAAUUCUGUCCCCAGUUCAGUAAGAAACUUAAGAAACUUAAGUGUGAGUAUUUCUUCUUAGCUAGACCUCUGCUUCAGGAUCUUACCUGAAGGGUCACUGGGCAUAUUAAAUGUCUGGUGUUUUGCGGGUGGGAGAAAAUACUGCAGAUGCUCACAGGCAUUGAGGAUGAGCCUCCAACUCCUGAAGUCAGAAAGAUUUGCAAAUUCCUCCUGAAGGUAUCCUCUCAUCUUGCUUCUGUUUGAGUCAGGGUUUUGAUUGUAAACAGAGCCAGACCUAAAAUGUGAUUUUUUUUUUUUUUUAUUGUUAUUAUUUUUAAGUGUAUGUGAAUGAUAGAAAUAGUGAACAAUUUGUUCACUCAGCUUAUGGAAGAGAUCACUAUUUGUUUUUUCACAACCCUAUAGAACUUGCAAUCUGUGAUUGCCUUGUAAAAAGAUGAGUGCUUAUGUCACUACAUUAAACAUUUGGUGUUUCUUAAUACUUAGUUCUGGUGAGCACAAAUCACUUGAUAGCUUAGACCACCACAGACCUAAGUAGCAAGUAUUAGGUCUUAAAAUUAAAGUGCAAUGUACAGUAAAUCUGAGCCUUAUAUUCUCUUCAAUAUUUGUUGUUUCUAAUGAGAGAUUAAAGAGAAAAGGGUUCUGAAUUCAUUUCAAUGCUGCAUGGAAUCAAAUGGAGCAAUAAUUUAUUUAACUAGGAAGGCUAGUUGUAUCUUUCAUUGAACCCAAAUUUUUAGAAAUACUCCAAUUUUUGUGGUUAUGGUGUACGUGUAAACUUUUAUGGAUAUGCCUUUGUGUUAUGCAUUUUUCUUCAUUUCCAAUCUUACAUGGCUUCAGAUAUAGUUAGAGGCAUCUGUUUAAAAACUGACCCAUCAAAUGAAGAUAUUAAGACAAGGUAGAAAUAUUCUGGCUAUAUUUACUCUUUGGAUGGAAUGCAAUAACUGCAGAUACAUACAUUGCACAUACAUUGUUUAGCACAAAAUCUAAACUGAAAAGCAGGCCCCAAUUCUACUCUCUAUUUGGUGUAAGCUAAGAGUAGUUUAACUGGUAUAAGAUCCUUCCUCAAUGUUUAAACCAUAAUCAAAUUUUGCAGGACUACAUGAAGAAAUUUUAGGUCCUCAGAUCAGGACGGGAUCAGCUCGGUCAUUGUGAGAACUGUGCUGCUUGGUGGGGAAACAGUUUUGUAACCAUCCUAAAAUCAAUUGCAAAGCCUAGUAACACCAGAUGGAAGUAAGGAUAACAGUGAUCUCUACAUAUGUUUGAUAGGUAUUUAAAAACUGUUUGUAAAGACUGAAACUGAAUCUGUACGUGUUGCAAAUAAUACAGCCAAAAAUGUAAGUCCGAAGUUCAUUUUUUGCCAAUACUUGU